AGAAAAACCAUCGUAAUCAAAACCAGAUUUUAUUACAAUGAAUAACAAAGUUCUUUUUACUACUUCCUUCAUUCUCUUCAUUUUGUUCCAAACAAACUUUUGCUUCUGCUCCGCAAAAUCUCAACCUUCCGCGGUGCGUGAUAUAUUCGGAAGGAAACUCCGGAGCGGAGGCAUCAUAGGAGGCAUCGGUUACGUCAUAUUGCCGGCCAUUAUUGCCGGCCCGGACCCCGCUGGUGGCUUCUUAAUAUCGAACAACACUUGCCCUCCUCAAGUCAUCCAAGACGACGAUGAAUUCAGCCAUGGAAUGGUAGUAUAUUUUACUCCAUUGGACUUGAAAAAGGGCGUCAUUCGGACAUCUUCUGACGUCAACAUUAGGUUCUUUGGCGAAAGCAAUUGUUCUUCUUCUCUAGUAUGGAAAAUUCAAGAAAAGGAUGCGUUGACCGGUGAGUAUUUUGUUGGAGUUGGAGGAGUUUUAGGGCAUCCUGGCCCUCAAACUGUGAACAGUUGGUUUAAGAUUGAGGAGUAUAAACUUGCUUACAAACUUAGAUUCUGCCCUUCGGUUUGCAAAACUUGCAAGGUCAUAUGUAAGGAUGUUGGAAUUGUGAAGGACAAGAACGGGAAGAGGCGCUUGGCGCUAAGUGAUGUUCCUUUUGAGGUUAUAUUCCAUUCUCCAUUUUAGAAUGAAAUGUUUGUGUUUGUGAAAAGGGGGGAAAAAUAAUAAGAAAAUUGCACUUUGUUGGUUGAUUUGGCUUGUUUUGCAUGUAAUUGUCACCGUGUUGACAUCCUCCGUGGUAAAUGCAAUGUACAUAAUGAU